AUGGCUUUUCCACCGUGGCAGGAAUCAAUCGCAAUCCCGGGUUUUAACGUCACAGCUCAACCAUUUGGUGAUCAUCAGGAAGUGAAACAUUUACAGUACAAUUCACCGAUGCCUCUUUAUUCGCCGCAAACAGCUGCUGAACAAUACCUUCAACAGACAGGCGGACUAUUUGGAACUGACCCAAAUUUGGCUAAACAAAAAGAAAUCCCGUCAUAUUUGCGAUCGGAAACGCUUCGUCUUAUUCAGGAAAGCGAACGCUCAAAAGAAAAUAGAGGGCAGGAGAUAUCAGUCAGGUCAACUAAAGACAAUCAAGGUAUAUUGUGA